AUGGAGAUGGUGUGGCUGUACGUGGUGCUGAUCUCCAUGCAGCAAGUCCUUGCUGUGACCUGGCUGUAUCUGGCCAAACAGCCUUCUCUGCGGGCAGUCCUCCAGGACCCCAGUGGCUGUGAGGGUCUGACAGGGCUGGUAGAAGAGCAGGUCCGUGUUUGCCGACGGCAGGUGGAAGCCAUGGAUGCGGUAAAGCGAGGCGCGGAGCUGGCUAUCGAGGAGUGCCAGCACCAGUUUCACUCUCGCCGGUGGAACUGCUCCACCCUACAGGGGCUGCAGGUCUUUGGAAAGGUCACCAUCCAAGGCACACGUGAGUCUGCUUUCAUCCAUGCCAUCUCCGCUGCCGGCAUUGCCUUUGCUGUGACUCGUGCCUGCAGCCGGGGGGAGCUGGAGAAAUGUGGCUGUGACCGCAAGAUCCGAGGAGUCAGCCCUGAAGGUUUCCAAUGGUCAGGCUGCUCUGAUAACCUGUCCUAUGGGAUUGCCUUCUCUCAAGCCUUCGUAGACAACCCUGAGAGGAGCCGCAGCGUCUCCUCCAGUAGGGCACUCAUGAACCUGCACAACAACGAGGCUGGGCGGAAGGCUCUCCUGACACACAUGAAGGUGGAGUGCAAGUGCCACGGUGUGUCGGGCUCCUGCGAGGUGCGUACAUGCUGGAAGGUCAUGCCUCCCUUCCGCAAGGUUGGCAACAUACUCAAGGAAAAGUUUGAGGGGGCGACAGAAGUUCACCCCAAGCGUGUCGGUUCCCGCAAGCUCCUGGUGCCCAAGAGCUCUCGCUUCAAGCCCUACACAGCUCACGACCUGGUCUACUUGUUGGCCAGCCCAGAUUUCUGCGACCGGGACCCCCGGCGCGGGGUCUUCGGCACCUCCGGCCGCCAGUGCAACCGGACAUCCCCGGCCAUGGACGGCUGUGAGCUCCUGUGCUGUGGC